AGCGCUGUUUGCCGGCAAAUAAACAUCAACAAGCGUUGAGUUCAAAGCAAGCAAAAUAUUAAAAGUGAUUUCCAAGUGUUUUUUCAAUAAGUGAGAACUAGUAAUUCAUUGAAGUGAAGUAUUUUAUUGUGAAAAAUCAAAAUGUCAAUUAUUCCAUACAUAAUUGGAGAUGUUUUAAGUGAUCCAUGGGGUAAUAGAUCGUCACGUCUUUUGGAUCAACAUUUUGGACUGGGAUUAAGUGGUGAUGAUAUUUUCGAACCGCUGACAGUACCAUCAUUGUUGCACCGCCAUUAUUAUCGUCCAUGGAGAUCAGCCCUUUCCAAAUUGGAUCAAGGUUCAACAGUAGUAGCUGACAAAAAUAAGUUUGAGGUAACUUUGGACGUACAACAAUUCGCUCCAAAUGAAAUAACAGUAAAAGCUAUCGACGAUAAUCAUAUUGUUGUGGAAGGAAAACAUGAAGAAAAGAAAGAUGAACAUGGAUAUAUUUCAAGACAAUUCACACGACGAUAUGUUUUACCAAAAGGAUAUGACGGCAAGAAUAUAGUGUCAAAUUUAUCAUCAGAUGGUGUACUUAGUAUUUCAGCUCCAAAAUUAGCUCUUGAAGAAGGUGCUGGUGAAAGAACCAUACCGAUUGCCCAAACCGGUCCAAGCAAAAAAGAAGAUAAAUCUAAAAUCUAAUUUCAAUUUAGCAUUUAAUUUAUCAAAAUUUUUGUAAUAAUUUAUUUGAAUCACAAGACUGUUUAGCUAAUUUAUUGAUCAAUUAUUGUAUUGUUAAGUUUUUUGCAAUAAAUUUAUAAUUUGUUAAUUU